CUCAGUUUCGCGACUGCUCUCCCCCCAGACCACGACGAAUGGAGGCGUACGAGUGUCCUGUGUGCCACGAAAACAUCUACUAUGACGCAGCUCGGCGUAUGAUGCAGGCCGAUGUGUGCGGACACAGAAUGUAAGUGACUGCCGGCAGACACACACACAGCGCAGCAGCAUCACCUGUCUGUUGUCUGUUGUGUGCGCCCUUCAGAUGCUCCAAGUGCGUGGACAAGCAGUGUAAGGCAGCAGAAGAGCUCAUCGCCUGCCAUCUUCUGUGUCGCGUGUGUGUGUGUCACACAGAUCAGAAUCACUACACGAUAGCGUGUCCCAUCUGCCGGAAUCCCAUCAACAAGGACCAGUGGGGCGACAGAGAGCCGGACCAGAACGUAUAUGACGGCGAGAAGAGAGUCCGCAGGGACGUCAACGCGGUGUAAGCACAAUCGAAGACAGACAGACAGAGAGACAGGUGUCCGUGGUGGGUCUUCAGGUACAAUAGGACGAGGGAGGACUUCGCCAACACGCCACUUUACAACGACUACCUCGAGGAGAAGGAGGAAGUCGGUAAGGAUGGCACCCACAGAGGCAGCGCGGCAUCGGACACCGGACUCACCCAUCUGGCUGUGUGGUUCGCUCCUCUGCUGUGUGUUUUCUUCCUCCCUCCUCUCCGCCUUCAGUGUAUGUGUUGGUCUACAGCAGCCGAGAAGAGGAGAAAGCGGAGGCGCGCACCAAGCUCGAGAAAUACCGCAACGACAACGCCACAGCCAUAUCGGCUAACAGACAGAAACAGGUCGGACGGACACCUUCCACAAAUAAAUGACACCUGACGGCCGGCCGGCCUCACUGCUGUUUGGUCAUUUUCAGGAGGAUCAGCUGGCGCAGAAGAUCCGCGACAUCGUCAGCAAGGAAGGGGACUUCUACGAGCGCGUCAAAGUCAAGUUCCAGCCCGGAUUCGCACCCGCAGCGCAGAACCUAAAACUCACACACGUAUGUAUGCGUGUGUGUAUGCGUGUAAUCGAGGGCACCCAGUCCGUCCGUGUAUGUAUGUCUGUGUCUGUCUGUUGUGCUGUCUGCCUGGCAGCGUCUGAAGGUGCAGUACUCGCAUCUCUUCAGCGACACUGCUUCUCAGCGAAGGGCGGCGGCUGCGACAGCAGGGGCAUCGACCGGAUCUGCCGGGCUGCCCAGGGUGAGACGGACGGAUGGACACGCACUCCCUCUUUUUUUGUGUGUGUACCUGUCGGGACGCGUGUGUGCGUGUGGCCGAUUCAUGCAGCCGUUGGGCGCCUUUCCCAGUGAGGAUCGGCCGAUGCCGUCUGAGCGGGCAGACUACCAGAGAGCUGUGUAAGUGCAACGAGCACCCGCACGCACAUGCCCCUCCCUCAAUCGUGUAUGUAUCUGUGUGUUGUUGCGGUGUUGCUGGCUGGUCGUCGUUGGUCGAUCAGCGAGGCGCAGAAGGCAGCGGGAGGGUACAGUGCAGCGCUGUGCCGCCGGAAGGCCAGGCAGAUCCUCUACGACCCCUCCAAAUGGUCCACCUGAAUGAAGUCUGGAGCGAGCGACUAAGGAGGGUGGAUGGUAUGAGAGUGCUGCGACAGACAACGCGGGUGUUGAUAUGAUAUCGUGGGACGUGCAAACCGUAGACGAACAUGUUGGUGGAGAAGUGAAGAAAACCGGAAUACAUAGUCCGUUCAGACAGACACACACACACAUGGUACACAUGGUCCGAGGGGUCGGGGGGAGUGGCGUGGACCCUUCGGACCAAAACAUGAGACAGGCUAUCGACAUCAUCGAGACACCGACGCGCACCCACACAUUGGCUGAAAAAGCUUUCUG